AAAAAAUGUAGGAACACAGCAGGGGGGCAAUGUCGUUUUUGACCUCUGACUUGUCUCCUCGGAAAUCAUUUCCAAGUUUUCGACUCUGCAAUCUGCGUGGUGCUGGUGUGAAUUUCAUCAUCUCUUCAAGAUGAUCCGAUUUAUACUGUUACAGAACAGGCAAGGCAAAACUCGAUUGGCCAAAUACUACAUUCCUCUCGAGGAGUCCGAGAAGCAUAAGGUUGAGUACGAGGUUCAUCGAUUGGUUGUGAAUAGGGAUCCAAAAUUCACCAACUUUGUGGAGUUCCGAACCCACAAGGUUAUCUACAGGCGAUAUGCUGGUUUAUUUUUCUCUCUAUGUGUGGACAUCACGGACAAUGAGUUAGCUUAUUUGGAGUGCAUUCACUUAUUUGUGGAGAUACUGGAUCAUUUUUUCAGCAAUGUGUGCGAGUUAGAUUUGGUUUUUAAUUUCCACAAGGUAUAUCUCAUAUUAGAUGAGUUCAUACUUGCUGGGGAACUGCAAGAAACAAGCAAGAAGGCAAUCAUAGAGAGAAUGGGGGAAUUGGAAAAGCAGGAGUAAGGAUUUGAGGGGCAGUAUCUUGAAGGUCAAGAAGCUACGUAGUGCAUAACAUUAUUGAAACAGAACUGCAACACUCUCCAAUUUCUUACGCCUUCAAGAUUUUGAAAUCUUGUUUGUAAAGAGUCACGCGUGCGCAAUGUUAUUUGAAUGGUGAUUUGACAUUGCUUGAAAAUUCAAUUAAAUUAGCACCCUACUCUACUCUUUCUGUAAAAGCAGAACAAUUAGCCAUGAUAUGGUUGCGAUAAGUUCAGUUCACGGUCUACA